UCACGCAGUAUGGUGGCUCGGGGCCGGAGGAGCUGAGGGGCCGGUCGUAUCGGGAAUCCGUGUCCAUCUUGCUCGGGAGCUGCGGCGACGGUCUUGCCUGUCUCGCUAGUAUCGACCGGCGAGACCAAAGCCGCGAUGGCAACCGAAACCGCAGGACUGUGAGGCAUCAGAACGAGAGCCAGCAGGCCGGGCAGAGCAACAGAACCGGGUCGCGGAGGAGCCGAGCUGCCGCCAUGGAGUUGAGGGUUGGGAACCGGUACCGGCUGGGCCGCAAGAUCGGGAGCGGCUCCUUCGGGGAUAUCUACCUUGGAACUGAUAUUGCUGCUGGAGAGGAGGUUGCAAUAAAGUUGGAAUGUGUGAAAACCAAACAUCCUCAGCUCCACAUCGAGAGUAAAAUCUACAAAAUGAUGCAGGGUGGAGUGGGUAUUCCCACAAUUAAGUGGUGUGGAGCUGAAGGGGACUACAACGUUAUGGUGAUGGAGUUGUUGGGACCGAGUCUUGAAGAUCUCUUCAAUUUUUGUUCAAGGAAAUUUAGUCUCAAGACAGUCCUUUUACUUGCUGACCAAAUGAUUAGUCGAAUUGAGUAUAUUCACUCUAAGAACUUCAUCCACCGAGACGUGAAGCCAGAUAACUUCUUAAUGGGCCUGGGGAAGAAAGGCAAUCUUGUCUACAUAAUAGACUUUGGACUAGCAAAGAAGUAUCGAGAUGCUCGAACUCAUCAACAUAUUCCAUAUCGUGAAAAUAAAAACUUAACAGGAACUGCCCGUUACGCAUCUAUCAACACUCAUCUCGGAAUUGAGCAAUCUCGCAGAGAUGACUUGGAAUCCUUGGGCUAUGUACUGAUGUAUUUUAACCUGGGCUCCCUCCCCUGGCAGGGACUGAAAGCAGCAACAAAGAGGCAGAAAUACGAACGUAUCAGUGAAAAGAAAAUGUCUACACCCAUUGAGGUUUUGUGUAAAGGAUAUCCUUCUGAAUUUGCCACGUACUUGAAUUUCUGCCGUUCUUUGCGUUUUGAUGACAAGCCAGACUAUUCCUAUCUAAGGCAAUUAUUCAGAAACCUCUUUCAUCGGCAAGGAUUCUCCUAUGACUAUGUAUUUGACUGGAACAUGUUGAAAUUUGGUGCAAGCAGAGCGGCUGAAGAUGCUGAACGUGAAAGGCGAGAACGAGAGGAAAGAUUAAGACAUACACGAAAUCCAGCUGUACGUGGAUUACCCUCCACUGCUUCUGGCAGGCUAAGAGGAACGCAAGAUGUAGCUCCUCCUACUCCCCUUACCCCAACUUCACAUGCUGCCAACACCUCUCCUCGGCCAGUAUCCGGUAUGGAACGAGAAAGGAAAGUGAGUAUGAGAUUACAUCGUGGUGCCCCAGUCAAUAUCUCCUCGUCUGAUUUAACAGGCCGACAAGAUACCUCUCGCAUGUCAACUUCGCAGUGAAGAAGCAGAGUAAGAGACAGCAGUGAAUCGUGUUUCCAAAUUAACAGAGCAGAGAAUAUUGGUGCAGAAGAGGCAAGAAGCAUUUGGUGAUGAAUGGAAGGUCCGAUAGUGAAGAAAUGUUGUAGUGAAGUGCUCUUAAUUCAGGGCCAAUAAGAGGCCACAUACACGGAUGAUGGAUACAUUGCAGAAGGCUCAUUUGAGGAGAAUGGCAGGAGGAUAAAUGAUAGUGAUUUGUAGUCAUCACUGAAAUCAUCCUUACUGCUCACAGUGACUUAGCAAAGAAAUUUUAAGAAUCUUUCUUCUUAAGACUGACAAUUUUAAAUAUGUUUCUAACUAUAUGCUAUAGCUGAAACAUUCCUUCCUUACCACACUGACAGUCUUGUCCCAAACGGUGUGUGGCUUGGCUUUGUACAGUUUAUUUUCAGUCUUAUAAAAUGGAAAUCAGCCAAUCUGUAGACAUUCUGCAUCAUUUCUGGGGAAGCAGUGUGUUAGGGGACUGUUGCAGUGACCUAGGGAUUUUUCCAUCUUGCCUCACUGCUGUGCAGGAGUUCUUAACUGCAUCAUUUUGCCAAGGACUCAUUAUUCCUCAUUGACAGAGCACGUUGACAGAAAUAACUCGGUUCCUUUUGGCUUCAUCAUUUAAUUGGCAGAGGUAAUUACUUUCGGAUAGUACAUAUUCUUACCUAUGAAAUCUUACUGCUAGAAAGUGUUUUAGAUGGGGGCCAGGUGGAUAUCUCUAAUGAAGACUGAGAGUAACUGGGUUGGAGAAACAAUUCCAUUGUGAUAAAAGCAAAGUAGGAUUUUGGGGGUGGGUGGGGUUUGUUGAAUGAGUUGUUUCACCACGUAGCUGCACAUAUACUUCUGCUUGCACAAGGGAUGAACAGUUCAGGGGCAGAAAUGACUGGGCAAGAAUAGGAGAUAGGCGAGGUUUUCUGUACUGGCUUUGGGUACAAGUUUCGCCAUCUUAAAUUGUUCACUGAGCUACUAUUCUUGCCACCAGAAAUUUUCAUGUUGAAAUAUUUUUAAGUAGUAUGAAAACAAAAAGGGUAGAAUUAUGCAUAGUUAUGGAUCUUGUAAAUUUGCAUAAAUACCUGUUAGAAGAAUGUAAAGAAGGUGCAACUGGACUGUUCGCAGCAAUAUCCAGUUAACGGACAGCAGAGAAUGGGCACAAAUUGAAAUACGGGACGUUCAAUUUAGGCAUACAAAUAAACCUCUUUUACUAUGAAUGUGGGCAAGGACUGUAACAGGUUGCUCAAAGGGGUUGUAGAGUCUCCCUUUUCCAAAUUACUUUGAGCCCAAUUGGACAUUGUCCUGAGUGGCCUGCUCUAGUUGACUGUGCUUUGGGUAGUGGGAUUGGGCUACAUGAUUUCCAGGGCUCCUUUUUGGCCUUGGAUAUUCUGUGAGGCUGUGAUGCAGACUUCUCCCUGAACAUUUACUUUAUGUAAAGAUAGUUUCUUUGAAAUGUGUAUAUGCCAGGUUUUCGGCAUUCUGAGCAAAUCUCAGAAGCUUUGUUAACAGUCAGAUAAAUAAGUAAUAGCAGUAACAGACAGAAAUGCAGUGAUGCCACUUGAUUGUUUUGGGUGAAAGUACAUCAUUAAUGUUUUUACUGUGUUCAUGACAUGUUACCCAGUGUGCAGGUGACACUAUUGUAAACAUUUCAAGAUAUGAGUAAUACAACUGGGCUUGUAGGUACAUUUUGGUUCUGCCUAGCUUGUAAAAUGUGAAUACUGUGAGGGUGUGUGAGUGGUUUUCUGAGUGGUCUUUAAACAUCCAGAGGUAUCAUUUGCGAUACGGGCCAACAGUACGUUCUGGCCUAAUGACGCAUUCCCUACCUGCUCUUUUCAGCACUCUGAGCACUUUCUGCUUCAAAUAUAGGAUCACUUGGUUGACUUCUUUACAGUCUCAACAGCGGCCUAAUUGGGAUCUUCUCUUGAGUUUGUUAGAACUAAUAAUUCAUUGACUGCUGUGUUCAUUUAGUUCUUAAGACAGUGCACCAGUGCUGGUAUUUACUCACGGUGACCGAAUAACAAUGUGUGACUGUAGUAUAGUUUGAACAGGUUCCUGUGGGCCUGUUGAAAUUGGAAGGCAAGAGAGAUUUGCAAGGGGAAUGGGUUGGAAUGGAAGGGACCUUAAAGAUCACCUCAUUCUGACUUCCCUGCUGUGGGCAGAGAACUUUCCAGUAGGCCAGGUUACUCAGAACCCCAUUCAGCCUGGCCUUGAACAUCUCCGGGGAUGGAGAGUCCACGACGUCUCUGGGCAACCUGUUCUAAUGCCUCACUGCCCUUAAAGAAUUUCUUCCUAAUAAACAAAUCUACCCUCCUUCAGGUUAAGGCCAUUCACCCUUGUCCUGUCACUAUAUGGACUUUUUAAAGAGUGGCCAUGUGAACAGCUGCUCUUCAGCCUUCUUGUAAGCCCCCUUUAGGUACUGCAAGGCUACUCUCAGUUCGCCCCAAAGUCUUAUCUUCUCCAGGUUGAACAGCCCCAACUCUCUCAGCCUGUUUUUGUAGGAGAGGUGCUCCAGCUUCAACUUAGUGGCUCUCCUCUGGACUCAUUCUAACACUGUCAGUGUUCUUGUGUUGGGGGCCCCAGACCUGGACAUAGUACUCUAGGUGGUGUCUCAAAACAGCAGAAUAGAGGGUAAGAAUCCCCUCUCUUGAGUUGCUGGUCACUUUUCUUUUGAUGCACUCCAGGACACAGUUGGCUUUAUGGGCUGCAGGUGCACAUUGUUGAGUCAUGUUGAGCUUCUAAUCCAUGAACACCCCCAAGUCUUUCUCCCCAGAGCUAGUUUUGAUUCAUUCUUCACCUAGACUUUACUUGGGCUUGAAGUUGACCUGACCCACAGGCUGGACCUUGCACUUGACCUUGUUGAACUACAUGAGGCUCCCAGAGACCCACUUCUCAGGCCUGUUCAGGUCUCUGGAUGGCAUCCCUUUCCCUCCAGCAUGUUGACUACACCACACAGCUUGUUGUUGUUAGCAAAUUUGCUGGGGAUACGCUCGUUUCCACUGUCCAUGUUGCUGACAAAGAUGUUGAACAGCAUCGAUACUGAGGAACAAGCGCCACUCAUCACUGCUUUCUACUUGGACAUUGACUCACUGACCACAAUUCUUUGAGUGCAGCUAUGCGGCCAAUUCCUUAUCCACCGAGUGGUCCAUGUGUCAAAUCUGUGUCUCUCCAGUUUAGAGACAAGGAUAUCAUGUGAAACAAUGUCCAGUACUUUGCACAAGUCCAGAUGGGUGACAUCUGUGGCUCUUCCCUCGUCCACCGCUGCUUAGCCCCUCUGUAGACAGUCGCCAGAUUUGUCAGGCACAAUUUACCUUUAGUGAAGCUUUGUUGUCUGACACCAAUCACCUUAUUCUCCAUGUGCCUUAACGGAUAAGAGGAUGUGUUACAUGAUUUUGCCAGGCACUGAGGUGAGACUGGCCUGUAGUUCUCUGUGUCAUAUUUCCCUCCAUAAAACUAGAGGUUAUGGUUUCCCCUUUUCCAGUCAGAGGGACCUACAGUGGACUGCCAUGACGUCUCAAAUAUGAUGGAUAAUGGUGUAGCCAUUUACUCAGCCCAUUCCCUCAGAACCCAUGAAUAUAUGUCAUCAGGUCCCACAGACUCGUGCACUUUCAGGUUCUUUAAACAGUCCCAAACCCAGUCUUCCACAGUGGAUGGUUAUUUUUCCCAAACUCUGCCUUCACCUUCUGCAACUUGGAUGGUGUGGCUGAAACGCUUUAUUCAGACUUCAGCUUAUAAUGCUUCCACUUGAGCCUGUUAGAGAAAAUUCACUCUUCAUUUACCCAGUUCUCUCUCACUCUUCACCAGGCAAGAUGGUGCAAGUUGCAAAUGUUGAUAGCUUGUGCUCUUUACAGUCUUCAUAAUACUAAAGUAGCUCUUCCGUAAUCAGAAUUUAUCCUUAGAUGUUAGCCAGGUUAACAGUUACAGCCAUGAGUUUCCAAUUAUCUUUAUACCUUGUUCUUAGGAAAACCUAAAGUGUUCGAGUUACGUGGUGAAGUCAUUAAAGAGAAUUUUGGCUGGAGAGAUGUAAGAAUAGAGUAAUCCGUGUCACUUCUUAUCAAGAGAACCAUAAAGAAUAGCAACUAUUUGUCCAUGUCCAUUCCAAGUGUGCUAGUUUCCUUAGUAAGUCUUAAGUAAAUGUACUACCACAGAUCCUUUCUCAGGAAGUUCUUAAGCCAUGCUUCUGGUAGAAAGCAAGUUUUAGCAUUUGCCAUGCACGUCUGUUAACUACUAUAUUUGUUAGAGUUCUUGUUUAUAACUUGGUAAGUUUGGUUUUUUAUUUAAUUUACUUUAUGCCUUGGUUUGGUAAGGCAGUGGUGCAUCUGUAAUCUCCACCUCUAUUCAUCUAGAGUGAAGGUUGCUGCUUGUAAAAUUCUGGACAGUGAAAUGCACAGGGGUUACUCAAACAAGGAAAGCUACUUGCCUCUAAGCACAGUUCUUAAAGGUGACUACUCCACGUGUUUAUCUUUUGCAAACUGAAUUCUGAUGAGGUCAGACUGAAACUGUAAAACUAAGGCUGUGAAUGCAAGUACUAGCAACCAAAGUUCUCUUAUGAAAACCAGGCGUUCUCAGAGAAAUUUAAUGCUCAUAGAAAAAUGGCAAUUGGUAAGCAUAGCAAAAUAGGUGUCAUUUAUUCUCCACAUCCAAGAUAGUGUCCACAUAGUGCCUAAGUCAUUAUCAUUAAAAAGACAUGCAGUUUCCAACACUAAGAAACAUGCAUUUAUUGGAGUAACAACUGCCGUGUCUGUGAAAUUUAAAUGUUUCUAAUGAAAUUAUGUGAAUUCUAUGGCGCAUGUCAUUCAGUACUUUUCUGGAUUAUAUGAAGUGGAUACAACAGCAAAAAAGCCUGCAAGUUGUGGGUUCACAGAUAAGGGAGCUGAGAGGUUGAGUGCAGUCUAUUCAAAUGUGUGUUCCUGCAGUACUCCAAAGUCUGGUUAGGAUGAAGGAGUGGAGGCCUUUUUCUGGUAUGGGGGAACUGUAUCUGUGGUAAGUAAUGCCUGAGGAGGCAGGUGUACUGUUGGAGAGGUUAGUGAGGUUUUGUAAUCAAAGAGCACAAUUUCCUCCUUGAAUCUAUGUAUGAUACAGUAAUGAACAGAAGUGUAGAUGUUAUUUUGCGUCAUUAGUGGGAUGGACUGGGAGAAUAGAUUGUACAGCGUAAGAGUUUCAAAUCAACUUCUUUCAGUUUGUCUGAAAGCUAAGAGAAUGUCUUGAGUGAGUUGGUGUAGUGUUUGAGACACAAUGAUUUUAACAGGAAUUAAUGUUUAAGGAGAAAACAUGUGAAGAACCUAUUGCUUAAAAUUAAAAGCACUCGUAAGUAAAGAAAGGCAAAAUAGAGAUCUAAGUGAAGGUGGUUACCUACUGAAACAACUUCUAAAGUAAGUAGAUCAUCUCUUCUCUCCGCCUUUGCAUCAAUACUCAGUUCAUUUCUAAGUGGUGUGUUGAAGUCUAAACCAACCCUAAAUUAGAGGUCUGUGUGCAGUGAAGGAGUGUGAUCUGAGUUGGAGAGAAAAUCAUAGGAGCUGUUAAAAGAUCCUUCUGCUCUUAAACUCUCUAAGAAUUGCUCCCUAAGUCUCCUUUACACAUAGGUUUUUUUAAACAUUAAGAGACGUAGUAAAGGAGGUAGUAAGUAAGGUAAUGAGCGUUCUAGUGAAAACUACCUUGUAUUGGUUCUGUUGGUCCACAUGCACAGACUGCAUCCUGAAAGCAGUGAUCAUCUCAAGAGUCUAGUUAUGGGUGAGUAGUCUUCAUUUCCUUCAGCAGAAGUUCAGUCUGACUGCUCAUGGUUACACAGUAAUUUGUUUAAUAUUUUUUUCUUGAACGUAACAUGUUCAGUACCCAACGGUCAAAGCUGUGGCAAAUUCCUAUUGGUAAUAUAGAGGUAUUCUCUCUGGAGUUGGAAGGAAAGAUUGAAAUGCUGCACAAAGAAAUACUUGAUUACGUCUCUUUGACAGAAGUUUUUAGAAGACGGUAGCCAACACUGGCAUUGAAUAACUUAAGUGUUGUGCCACACUUCCAGUGCUUCUGCAUUUUCCAUUUCCGCAUCUGCAAAUCUUUCUCCACGUAUCCAUCUUAAUAGGCAUCAUACUCUGCGUUGUUCUUCUGAGCCUGUCAGCUUCCUUUGAGGAGUAAUGAUUUGUUUCUUUUACGUGUCUCUUAAUAUGAUGGAAAUGUCUUAUGGAAGUCUGAAAUCAGAGCUUCUCAAAAGAUAAAGUUGCUACUGCUACUGCAAGUUCAGGUUGGAUUUUUGUUAAGACAUCUUUAUAUAUAUUGGGGCAGUGGAACUGUUACAAAUUGCUGUCUUUUCCC